AUGGUCGCCGAAGAUGGAAGUUCGCAGAAUCGUUACGGUCGCUGGUCUGAAAUCCUUAAUCAGCGAAUUAUCAGCGGUCAGUACAACACUUGGCCAAGCUAUGAAGUUCCAUUUUUAAACAACGGCCAUUUAAACUAUGGAAAGUUUGAUGGUCCGCGAAUCAUCUAUCGUAGAACAAUUAAACCAGCAUAUCAGCUGUACGAUUCAGUUACUGGUGGAAAUUUGUUGUUAGUUCAGGAGGCAAACGGUUUAUUCAGUAAAAUUACGGGGAAUACCGAGUAUUUCCCAGAGGAUGGUAUAGAAAACGAAAAUGAGCAGUCAACAAAUCCCCGAAGAUCAAUUUACGUCAAAACAGUUUCCAAGUAA